AUGAGCGAGAAAGCACGUCUAAAAUGUACCGUCUACGUGGGGGGUCUUGACCAGGCCGUGACAAUGCAGACGCUGGCCGAGGCAUUCGUUCCCUUUGGUGAAGUGGUUGAUAUUACGCUCCCCAAACCCGAUCUCCCGAACUCCAACGAGCUCCACCGCGGUUUUGGAUAUGUGGAGUUUGAUCUGCCCGAAGAUGCGAAAGAGGCGAUCGACAACAUGGAUGGAAGCGAACUAUAUGGCCGGACAAUCAAGGUUGCUGCUGCUAAGCCGCAGAAGGACAGCAACGAAGGACUCGGCAGCAAGACGGCUAUCUGGGAACAGGAGGGGUACUUGGCCAAAUAUGCCGUCGAUGAGGAAGACAAAUUGGCUGCCGAGGGAGGCGAGGCCGACGGAGCCGAACGUCAAGAUCCCAUGCAAGGACUCGAGGAACUGGAUGUGGCCGGACCCAAGCCGGAAUGA